AUUAAACUAUCCUGACAAAACCCAUCAGAUAAAGUUAGGCUGGCAAGUGAAUGUCAGCAAUUUCGGAAAAAUGUUGAAUCAUAAAUCAUUGCAUACCCAGUUAAAACAUCAUCAUUUGGUGGCUGUUCCUCCACCUCCAGCAAGAUACACUCUAACAGAAUGGAGUUUGAAUAACAGAUAUAGGGACAGAUGCUGUUUAGACCAACAAAAAUUAGCUGACUCAAUAAUAGCUGAAUGUGAAAGGGUGAAAGAUGAAGUGGAAGAAAGAACAGAUAUCAACAAAAAGGAAACAGAUCACAAAUUCGAGGAGCGAAAAUUAGAUAUUGAAUUCAAUACGACUGAAAUAAGAAAUCAGAGAAAAGAGGUGUGUAUCGAAAUAGAUAAUCUCAAAACCUACAUGGAAAGGAUCAAGGAUUGUUUGGAUGCACUCGAAAAAAAUGCCAGAGUAAUUUGUCAGAAGUGCAUAAUUCUCAGGGAAGGGCGCAUUGGGAUUGAUCUGUGCUACGAUGAUGUGGAAAGAGAACUAAAAAAGGAGAUUGAUGUGAUCGAAGGCACUCAAGGAAUGUUGGGCAAAACUCUUCAGCAAGCCAACGAACAAGUGAGAAGGCUAAAAUCCACCAUGUACUUUAUGGACAGAGACUUGGAAGAUAAGGGAAAUGUAGCUAAAAUUGACUAUCAAAACAGCAUUUUAAAGCAAACCAGCCUUAAUCUUAGCCUAUACCAUGGAUUCACUCCGUUAAAUAGAGGAAUUAUAACGAACGAAGAAUGGGAAGAAUUUACGAAAAAUAACAUCGAAAAAGCAGCAAAAGAAAUUAACUCCGCCCGACAAUUAAGAGCAUACACCGAUAUUAUCAUUAAACAAGCCAUAGACGAUCUUUGGAAUCAAUAUAACGCAGUAAAUAGCGCUUUUAAAAGGAGAAUUGCUGAAAUUCGAGAAGCAAAAACGAAAAUGGAAGUACAGCAUUCUGAAAUUGUUCGACAAGCCAAUGAAAUGACCAGAACGGUUACAAGUUUGGAGAAAUCUUUGGCAGAAAAAGAAGGUUAUAUGGCUUUGGCUCAUACGAGGCUCGGAAAUAGAGCUCAACGUCCUGGAAUGGAAUUAUGCAAAGAUUUCGUGGAAAUCGCUCUAACCAAUGAGGUGGCCGAAUUGCGAAGAAAUUGCACUUCUUUGCAACAUAUGCUAGCAGAGGCUCAUGCGUCUCUUCGUUAUCUACUCAAAACGCAAAUUCAACUGGAAGAAGACUUGAAUGUAAAAACCAACUCGUUAAAAAUAGACGAAGUCGAUUGUAUGACACUGAGAGACAGCAUGGACUAUCACGCAUUUUAAUAAGAAAACUAAUUUCAAAAAUACACUUACUCCUUCUGUCAAUAAAUCCCAAGUCGAUUUCGUACCAAUUUCCAGAAAAAUGCAAAAAUGUGUAAUUCAAGUCCCGUUACUCUGUGCCUGGACUAAAGGAUUUUCAUCUAAUAACAGGCAAUCAGUGGUUUGAAUGGUAGAUUUUCCGUAUUGCCAUUAAUGCCACAUUCGAAACUCUGAUUGGAUGCUUAAGCAGGUUUAAUUAAGGGACAAAGUAGGUACAUGCAGUCAAGUAAUUGUAUGCAUUUCAAUUAAUAGAGAGGUAAAUUGAAUAAAUGUGAGAACUAGAAA